UGCUUUCUGGAAGCAAAACACAAUAGCCCGCCCGUUAGUUCCUCCUCCCUCGCAAGAUUCAGCGACUCCAUAUCAGAGAUAAUCCGUAAUAGUGCGUGAGAGAGUGAGGGAGCACAGGAAGAGAAAGUACUUGGCUAUGGAGAAGAUCUGCGUCGCAGUCCGAGUGAGACCUCCCGUAUCCUCAGAACCCUCCAAUGGAACAUACUGGAAGGUUGAAGACAAUCGCAUUUCUCUUCACAAGGUUCACGGCACCCCUAUAUCUGCCCUCUCUUACGCUUUCGAUCACGUAUUCGACGAAAGCUGCACGAAUGCUAGGGUUUAUGAGCUUCUUACAAAGGACAUCAUUCAUGCCGCAGUUGAAGGCUUUAAUGGAACUGCAUUUGCAUAUGGACAAACUAGCAGUGGCAAGACUUUCACCAUGAAUGGCUCUGAAACUGAUCCAGGGAUUAUUCACCGGGCAGUUAAAGAUAUAUUUGCAAAAAUUCAGAUGAUAUCUGACCGAGAAUUUCUGAUUCGGGUUUCCUAUAUGGAAAUUUAUAAUGAAGAAAUUAAUGAUCUUUUUGCUGUAGAGAACCAGAAAUUGCAAAUACAUGAGAGUUUGGAGCGUGGGAUAUUUGUUGCAGGCCUAAGGGAGGAAAUUGUUAGCAACGCCGAACAAGUGUUGGAGCUCAUAGAUUCAGGAGAAGUUAAUAGGCACUUUGGUGAGACUAAUAUGAAUGUUCGUAGUAGUAGAUCCCACACAAUAUUCAGGAUGGUGAUUGAAAGCAAGGCGAAGGACACUGAUUCUGUCGGUGAUCAUUUGAGUACUGAUGCCAUUCGUGUUGCAGUCUUGAACUUGGUAGAUUUAGCUGGGUCUGAACGGAUUGCUAAAACUGGAGCCGGUGGGGUACGUCUAAAGGAAGGAAAGCACAUUAACAAAAGCUUAAUGGUUCUGGGUAACGUGAUUAACAAACUAAGUGAUGGUGCAAAACAGAGGGGUCAUAUUCCUUAUCGUGAUAGUAAGCUGACCCGCAUACUUCAACCUGCUCUUGGUGGCAAUGCUAAAACUUCAAUAAUAUGCACAUUAGCACCUGAGGAGGUACACAUUGAGGAAACGAAGGGAACUCUCCAAUUUGCUAGCAGAGCCAAGCGCAUCACUAAUUGUGUUCAAGUGAAUGAAAUUUUGACAGAUGCAGCCUUAUUGAAGCGGCAAAAACUAGAGAUUGAAGAGCUUCGUAAAAAACUUCAGGGAUCUCAUGCUGAGGUGCUGGAGCAAGUGAUCUUAAAAUUGCGGAAUGAUUUGCUCAAGUAUGAAUUAGAGCGGGAGAAGCUUCAAAUGGAAUUGGAAGAGGAGAGGAAAUCACACAGAGAACGUGAUCAAUGCAUUCAGGAGCAACAGAUGAAAAUUGUUGAUCUCAGCAAUCCUCUUACUUCAUCAGACUUCAACCCGAACUCUGGUCAGGGUCAGGAUUCCGAAAGACAAAGCCUCAAGGAAGAAUGCAAUGACAGCAAUAUCAUAUGCCAUGGAGAUGCUUUUAGAACCCCUUGCUUCAAGGCAGCUCCCAAAGCCUUUGUUGUCAAGCGAUCAGAUUACUCAAUGCUCCCUGACUAUAGUCCCCUUCCAGAUACAUUUAGCAAUGUGGCUGAUGAAGACACAUGGCUGAAAAUGAAUAAAGGUUACAUAGCUGACCUUGAUUCACUUCAACUGACUCCUGCAAGAAAAGUUCAAUCAUUUCCUUCAAGUGAUGCUACCCCUCCAUCUUUAAUAAAUAUUCCUACCACUCAUGGUUGUGAGGAUUUUGAACAAACAAGCCUCUGGUUAAAGACCUAUUCAUCCAAGAAUCAUAAACAAGAGGUUCAACAUCUCAAGAGACAAUUACUUAUUGCCACAGAAGAAAGAAAUGAACUGGAGAGAAAGCAUGCAGAGCAGAUACUUUUGAACCAUCAACUAAUGGAUGAAAUAUCUAAAAUUCAACAAGAAGCAAAACUUACACAAGAGAUCCCCAAAAGGCUUGGUGAAUCUGUGGAAUGUUGCAAAGAUAUCUAUGAGGACGUUUUGUCAAUAAUACAGAGUUUCGUAUCUGAUGAGGAAUCCUCAACUUCAAAAUUGGUAUCGAGCACAAGUGAAAUUGGUAUAACCCUGUUUAAGACUUUGGAAACUCAUUUCUCCAUGGCAAUGGAUGACCACAGUUCUUUCACUGGGAACAAUUCUCUAAUUCAAGAACAAUGCAAAGUGCUUUACGAGAAGUUGAACAGCACAAUUACAUCCCUGGUAUUGUCACAGACACCAACAGUUGAGAAUGAACAAUUGAGGCCUAAACGGUGUAGCUGUGAAAAUAAGGGAUGUACUCAGGAUGAAGAAACUGCUUGUUGGGAGGAAGAACUGAGCAAUGAACUGAACACCAUCAAGGAAAGAUACGAUAGUUUGGAGAAAGAGUUGGAUUUCAAUAACCAGCUCCUGGUGGUUUCUAAAGAAAGAUACGAUAGUUUGGAAACAGAGUUUCAGCUUUUGAAAGAAGAUAGGGAUCAUUUGCACCAAAUGGUCUCGGAGUCAUCUCGAAAACUUGCACUGGUUGCUGACCAGAAGGAAAACGUUUUGAAGGAUUUGAACACUGAAGUACAAAGAAGGAAAAAUCUAGAAGAAGAGAUUAAACAGUUUAGUGCUGCCUUUGCCUCUCGGCAGAGAUCAGUAGUGUCUUUCCAGAAUGAUGUUAAGUCUAAAUGUGAGAAGUUGAGAGCUCAAUAUUUAGUCUCUGUACCCAAAUCUCUUGGGUGUUAAAAGUUCACUAUCACUUUGCUUGUUUAAUGGACCGAACGAAAGCUAACAAUUUGAGUGCCGGUUGUUUCUUAACUCUUAUGAACUUCAUGAUGCUUGUCAUUUAUUUAAAUGGAUUUAUUUGACCUA